CCAUGGCCGCGGGAAUGGGGCGGCCGGCCGCGGCGCCCCGGGAGCCGAACGCCGUCCUUCCCGGUCCCGCCGCGGCCGCACUCGCCGCCUCAGCUCCCACCCCCACGCGGCUUCGCAGCCCAGGAGCCGCGUGUCUGGGGAAGCAGGGCCGGGAAGCCUCGAGGGGAGCGCGCGGGAGGCCCCGGCCUCACUGCGGCGCCCCUCGCCGCGCCCCCGGGGCCGCGGGGCCGGUACUCCCGGCGGGAGGCGCGGAGCGGGGUGGCCGCGGGCGCCGCUCCCCGCCCCCGCCGCGCUCUCCCGGCGGAUGCGAGGCCGGUCGCGCCCGCUCGUCUUCACUGAGCUUUUGUUUCCCGCCGGGGAUCACAGGUCCCGCGCCGCCUCUGGUCUCCGGCCCCCGGCUCGCCCGGGACUGGCGGCGGGACCCUCGGAGAGCGGGGCAGCACCCGAGCCGGCACCGCUGCGGGCGGGAGCCAAACUUCGUCUUCGGUCCCGGGCGCCGGGACAACCGGACCCCGGGGCGAGCCGAGCGCCAGGACGCCGCGGGCGCGGGGCGGACUUGCCCACCUGGCGGGGCCGUGCAGGGGAAGGUGUUGGGGUAGCCGCGCUCCGGGUGUGAACUGGCGGUCCCCGCCUUCACCUGCCGCCCCCGACAAGCGUCGGGGAACCUCAGCGCCGCAGACGGCCGCUCGUGGAGGAGUCCGCGCGGCGCCGUCUAACAGGUGAUCAGCGUCACUCCCGGGCCAGACCCAAGCGGCUGAACGCUGUGCCCGGGCUCCUUACGCUCUUCAGUUCUAGGAUGUGAAAACGCCUUCCGCCUCACAAUUGAUCGCCCAAAAAGGUGCGCCGGUCACCGUAUAAGAGUCAAAAACCAAUAUUGCCAAAAAGACUCUUCGAGAGUCAGGGUGCAGAGUGCCUUUCUUCGAUCCACGCGCCGGCAGGAACGUCAUAGUCUCGCUUUUAAAAUCGGGCUCUGCAGUGGUGGCGAAAGCGUAGUAAGGUUCAAGUUGUAAGCGGAGAUGCAGAACUCUAGAUACCCUUCAGUGUGGUUCAGGACAGUGUGUACAGCGUUUGGCCGCCGUUCAGUAAAUUCUGCAUGAGGCAGUUUGAGCUCGUGGUUUUGGAUUUACUUUUCAGGAGUAUGUUUUCCAGUGGAAUAAGGCUUCGUACUGAAUGGGAGCUUUCUUUGCCUCUCUGAGGGUAGACAGGAGUGUUUAUUUUCAUUGUCUUCCCAUUUUGUUAGAUUGUGGACAAGGGGAAAGUUAAAGCAUAUUUUGGUUAAGUAUUUUUAAUAGUCUGGGAUUCUAUCCACCUCCCCCGUAAGGGUCUUUACUUUAGGGAAUUAUAAAGUAAUUCUCUAAAGGGAGCUGCUUCUCUUGGUGUUGGAAUCAAAAGUCAAGAAUCGACUUGAAAAGAUUCUUACUCUGGUGGGAAAUUUUUAUUGUCAUACUUUCACUUCACCAUUUUCUGUUUAUCUCUCCCCCAGCUGACCUCUGCUGACAAUCUACAGUUAUGGCCCUGACCAAUUUAGAGAUUCUAUAGAAAUAACGUUUUUAAAACGAUGGUUAUUAAUACUCAUUAUUUGUGGAAAAACACUUGAUUUACUCAGGUUUUUUCUUCUAAUGUGUCUUCUAAUAUCUGUAUUAGGUAGGAUUUAUACUUCAGAGAUGAAGUUUAAGUUAAGAACACUGUAACUAAUCUUAAUUAUGCUGGUUUAUUAUUCAUUGAAUGGUCAUUUUACUUAUUUGCCUAGGUAAUUAUAGUUAGCUAAUAGCUGAUAAGAGUUCUCCAUUGAACCAUAAAUUCUUUAACCAAUUAUUGUGACUAUUUUAGAUUAAAAAAAAUCAAAGAUGGUCUUUAUAAAUUGUUUUAUUUCUCCAAAACAAGCUAUGAGGCCUUUGUCUUUCUAACAUUUAACAAAACAAAUAUAUUUCUUAAUCUUUAAUUCUUUUAGUUAUGGGAAUUUUGUGUGAAUUGCUUUUUUAAAACACACUUUUAAUCAGUUCAACAUGAGAAACUUAAAAUAUUGAAUUAGGCAACUAAUCUUUAGUUUUCUGUUUAUUCUUGGAAAAUAAUGCCUAUUUUGGGUUCAGUUUAGUUUCCUAAAGGCUUCUCAGCUUAGGAUGAAUUAGUCUGGAGAAGAAAGAACAUCCUGUUUGUAUACCUGUAGAAGUUACUGCUGUUAAAAGAUAAGUUGGCUUUUUGAUGCUUAGUGUGGAUAGAUGCGUUGAACAAUGACUCAUCCUCGUAUAUGGAGGGCUUAUUCUAUAUACAUAGUUGUAAGGAUCUGAAUAAGACUGUAGUGCUAUUAUUUUGAUCAUUUAUGUAAUUGCUCUUUAGUGUACAGGAAUAUAUUAAAUACUAUUUAUAAUUAUUGUGUUUAUUCUGUGGUGAUGUAUAUAUAUACCACAUACAAUAAAGUUAUAUUUCAUAAUUUAUUUACAUAUAAGUAUAUUUUAGUAUUUUAACUAUAAAAGUUAAAGCUUUAUUAACUUUAAAAGCCCAUUUUAAAAAUCAGUUUUUAGAUAUUUUAAUUACUGAUUUUUGUCUACUUUAACUUGUAAUAGAUGAUAUUAUAAAAUUAUCAACCACAAUUUCAGUUUUAAAAUUAAGCAUAAGUUGAAUUCUCACAUCCACACAAUAAACAUUGGGAAUGUUUAAAGCCAUUUACCCUCAGGUAUAACUGUUUUUGAGUUUGGAGGUGGUAGUAAGUAUUUUUAAAUAAAUAAAGCUGCAGAAAACAAGGACUUAUAUUAAAACAGCUAACUUUGAGGACAGAUCAAACGGCACUAUUAUAGACAGUAGUAGUGUUUUUUUUUUUGAGACAGAGUUUC